AUGGCCUCGAAAAUAUUGGUCAUUGGUAAUGUGAACGGCCAGAUUCAGGCUGUCUUCUCGAAGCUGGGCGCAUUGCAUGCGAAGAAUAACUUUGCGUUUGCCAUCAUCGUCGGAAACCUAUUCGCCGACUCAUGGGAGUCCGACGGGGCAGGGGCAACCAUCCAGUCGCUCGUCGACAGCAAAAUUGAUGUACCACUGCCGACUUACUUUGCUCUUGGCAGCCGUCCUCUCCCACCACCAGUUGUCGAGAAGCUGCAAUCAUCCAGUGAUGAGCUAUGUCACAAUCUCUUUUUCCUUGGCAAACGGACGACUAUGAAAACUUCAGAGGGCAUCCGCAUCGUUGCUCUAGGCGGGCAGCUGGACUCGAACACCAUCGCUGGCCAGUCCGAAGAGAAAUAUGCUCCGUUCUACGGGGAGACGGACGCGAAGAUUCUGCGUGGAGCAACGACGGCCGACAUUCUGAUUACUAGCGAAUGGCCAGAAGGCAUUCAAAAGCGCUCCAAGGUGGAUUUCAAUCCAGAAAGACAGCCUCUGACUCGACAAUGCAUUGCAGACCUGGACAUUGUGCUGAAGCCUCGAUACCACUUUUCAGCAUCUGGGGAUACAUUCUACGAGCGAGAACCCUUCUUUCAUACGCCAAGUGAAGAGACCGACAAUCUGUACCCGGUCACGCGAUUCAUCAACCUAGCACCGUAUGGCAAUCCAAUCAAGCAAAAGUGGAUAUACGCGUUUUCGCUUGAGCCUUCCGCAAGCCAUCCUGUCUCGCCACCCACUGGAUCUACUGCGUGUCCUCUGACACUGUCAGAGAAAAAGCGAGCUGCAACGGAGCAUCGCGAACAGGCCCUCGUCUACGACGACGGAAGCCGUGGCCGAAAAUCGCACAAGCGGCGCAAAGGCGAGCCUCGAGGACCCAUUUCAGCAUCAGAGUGCUUCUUCUGUCUUGCGAAUGAGAAUAUUGCAACGCAUCUAGUGACCUCGAUCGGCGAUAACUCCUACAUAACCACAGCUAAAGGGCCUUUGCCAACAUCGCAAACCUUUCCCAAAUUGGGCUUUCCAUGCCACAUGCUUAUCAUACCGUUUAUCCACCAACCGACACUUGGCUCUAUGGAAGAAGAAGAGCGCCGUGCUACAUAUGCGGAAAUGCAAAGAUAUCGUGGUGCUAUGGAUAGUAUGCUCAAGUCUGUGACCGGCGUAGAAUACGGCUCCGUCACAUGGGAAGUCAGCAAAUCCAGCUUACCACAUACGCAUUGGCAGUACUUGCCCGUGACGGCAGACCUCAUCCAAAAAGGGCUGGUGGAAGCGGCCUUCAAAGCGUUAGCGGAGAACUUGCACUGGCCAAAAUUUACGAAAGAAGAUGUCGGCGACGGGUUCGACGAGACGAGCGACUUCUUCAGGGUCCUGGUGUGGGAUCCCAAUGAUGAUGCCGGGGAGCCGACGAGUUACAUUAUGCGCUUUGAUGAGAAGAUCCGAUUCCACAACCAAUUCGGUCGAGAAGUGCUGGCGAAACUAUUGCGACUUGAUCGGAGGAUUGACUGGCGCGAUUGUGGACAGACGCAAGUCCAGGAAGAGCAGGAUGUGGAGAAGUUCAAGGAGGCGUUCAGAAAGUUCGAUUUCGCUGCAUGA